ACAUUUGACUCCACUUCCUCAAACUCACAGUGUGUGUUUUACCAGCCUGAACACACUCACGCACACAUCCUCACCCUGACCAGGAAACGAAACCGAGCCUCGGUUCAGACACGGGCAGGGGUCUGUUCAUGGAGCGGCAGGUUCGGGUCUGUGGAGGCCCGAUGACGGCGGGUCUGAGGAGCGGAGCUGGAGAGACGAGUCGCCGGCAGAGGCAGAGAGGACUCCCCGCAGCCCUCAUACUCCUCACGCUGCUCACCUGCUGCGUCAGGUGUGCGGAAAGUGCCAAACCGAGUAAUAUUAUACUCAUCCUCGCCGACGACCAGGAUGUUCAGCUGGGGGGAAUGACGCCCAUGAAGAAAACAAAAGCCUUAAUAGGAGAUGCAGGAGCAACAUUUGUGAAUGCUUUUACAGUCACGCCGCUGUGCUGCCCCAGCAGGAGCAGCAUCUUGACGGGACAGUACCCCCACAACCACGAGGUGAGGAACAACUCCCUGACGGGGAACUGCUCCAGCCCUCUGUGGCAGAAAGGUCCGGAAAGCGCCACCUUCCCCAUCUACCUCAACAAACAGAAAUACCAGACGUUCUUCGCUGGGAAGUAUCUGAACCAGUAUGGAAAGAAAGACGCAGGAGACGUCGGCCAUAUUCCUCCUGGCUGGGACCAGUGGCAUGCGUUGGUGGGGAACUCGCAGUACUACAACUACACACUGUCGGUCAACGGCAAAGAGGAAAAGCACGGAGACAGUUAUGAGAAGGACUACCUCACAGACCUCAUCACAAACCGCUCCCUUCACUUCCUGGAUGACAGGAGCCCUCAGCAUCCCUUCUUCCUGAUGCUGUCUCCUCCAGCUCCUCACUCCCCCUGGACGGCGGCGCCUCAGUACCAGAAGGAGUUCAGCGACGUUAAAGCUCCUCGAGACGGGAGCUUUGACAAACCGGGGAAGGACAAACACUGGCUGCUGCGUCAACCCAUCAACCCCAUGCCAAACAGCUCGCUCACCUUCCUGGAUAAUGCGUACAGGAAAAGGUGGCAGACCCUGCUGUCUGUGGACGACAUGGUGGAGAAGCUGGUGAAGAAGCUCGACAGCGUAAAGGAACUGGACAACACCUACAUCUUCUACACCUCAGACAACGGCUACCACACAGGUCAGUUCUCUCUGCCCAUCGAUAAGAGGCAGCUGUAUGAAUUCGACAUCAGGAUCCCGCUCAUGGUCCGUGGUCCGGGGAUCAAACCAAACCAGACGCUACAGGCUCCAGUUUUAAACAUCGACCUGGCUCCGACCAUACUGGACAUAUCUGGUGUCAACCUGUCCUCUGUGAAUGUGGACGGACAGUCUUUCCUCAGUCAGAUGGCUCCUUCUCUGCGUAACGGCAGCGCUCGUCCAUUUUUCCUGGUUGAAUACACCGGAGAAGGACAUCCAACGACUGAUCCUGCUUGCCCCAAACUGGGACCUGGACUGUCUCAAUGUUUCCCAGACUGUGUGUGUGAAGAUGCCUACAACAACACCUACGCCUGCGUCAGGACCCUCGACAAGGAACACAACCUACAGUACUGCGAGUUCGCAGACAGCGAGUCGUUUGUGGAGGUGUACAACCUGACGUCAGACCCCCACCAGCUGGAGAACAUUGUGAAGAAGGUGGAUCCAGCCGUCCUGCAGGCGAUGAACCAGCGGCUCAUCAAGCUCCAGUCCUGUGUGGGCAACAGCUGCCGCGACUACAAGUAAAGAGAUGACAGACCACAGCACCACGGAGAGUUUAUCUGCUCCAGGAAGCUGUUAAACACCCACAGUGGAAGGUGAGGCUGGUUAAUCUGGUCAGAGGCAACUUUUACCACAAGUAUGAAAGUUGCAGACAUUUUGAUGUGUCUUUACAGGAAGAGCACAGGUGUGAAAAUCCAUUUUAGCUGCUUCAGUUUCAGGGUCCUGGUGUUGUGCAUGCUGGCUCACUGUCACACUGCCAAGGCAAACUGGAACAUUUAAAGAGAACAGGGUCACUGUUAAAGGAAAAGUUUGAUGUUUUGGGAAAUAGGCUUGUUUGCUUUCUUGCUGAGAGUCAGAUGUCUGAACUGAUUAGCUUAGCUCAGCAUAAAGCCUGGAAACAGGGGCAAACAGCUAGCCUAGCUCUGACCACUUAAGCAAGUAAGUGUAUUUCCCAAAUUAUUUUCCUUCAGUAGCACUAUUUAGUAGCACCUGUGCUUUUCUACGAAAACAAGUCAAGAUGUCUGCUGUGAAAAAGGCCUUUCUUUCUGAGCUGUGCUCACAUAUCACACAACACACCUUCAUGAGUUUUUAUAUUUUCUUUUAAGAGUAAAAUCUUUGCCUCAUUCAUCCUGAGUGCCACUGUCAGUCAGUCCAUGUUGGUUAAUGUAUUUCUGUGUACACACUGCACUAUAAGCUUACUGUUCUUUAAAAUGUCUGGGGUUUACAGUACCAUCCAAACACUUUACCAAUCACAGACGCACAACGUGUAUUUUUCAGAUGUGGAGAUUUAUAGUCCAACCAAAGGUUUGCUGGUGCACACAGCUCUCUUUAAUCCAAUCUUCUCUUUAAAGGAACAGUCCAACAUUUUAGGAAACAUGCCUCUUUGUUUUCUUACCACACUUUUUGUUUCAUUUACCUAAAACAGCUGGUGAGUUUAGCUUAGCACAGCUAGCCUGGCACCUCUAAAGCUUUACACAACAUGUCUUGUUUGUUAAAUUUGUACAAAAACUUGAGUGUGGAAUGAGUUUGCAGAGUUACAGAGGCUGCUGUUUCCAGUCUUUAUGCUAAGCUAAGCUAAUUAGCUGUUGCCUCUAUCUGUGCAGACAUGAGAGUUGUGUCAGUCUCCUAAUCUAUCUCUGUGCACGAUUUCCCAAACUGUCGAACUGUUCCUUUAGAGUUAACUUUUGUUUUUCUGCAGCACUUUGAGUGAAGGAGUGAAGACAGAAACUCUUUCAUGAACAGACACUGUUUGUUGUGUCCAGUUAAUUCUCAGAUUAGGCCGGUUUUAAAAUUUUAAUCCAGAUAUUUUUUUUUGGUUGUGAAAAUAUUUUACACUGGGUAUUAAUGAGGACAUUUGUAAAGAGCCGUGUGGGGGAUGGAAAAAGUGCUGUGUGUGUGUUUGUUUUUCAUCAAGGGAAACUUUGCGUGGUAACAUUUGAAAUGAACGCUUUAAUCCUGUGUGCCUUGUUAUUUGCACUGACGAGGUGCAUGUGCCUUAAAUGUGAAUUUGUAUUUGCACUGUGAUGAAACUGAUUAAAAAUAAAUCAAAAGAAGCAUUUAAAUGAA